AAAAGCUAGCAGAUGAGCAUAAUCAAAAAAUAACAGAAAUACAAUUACACAGCAUUCAGAGUUGUAAGAAAGCCCACACUGUUUCUGAAUAAAUACAUUAUUGUAUGAGUUAAGUUCUGUUUCAUUUAUCUCUCUUUCCUUAUAAGUAUGAAAUGGCCCAUGCUCCUGAAUGCACCACAGCUAUUUGAUAUUCGCAAAUGCGGCAUCACACUGGUCUGUGAACGCUAUGCUGUGUAGAUGCACGUUUGAUUUUCCGCUGAAGACAAAGCUUUGCAGUUUCAAAACUCAUGUCGGCUAUCACUGUUUAUUGUUGUGUGUGAAGAGCAAGAGACUACAACAAAUAAAUCAGCUGUACCUUGGACAUUAUCUUUGGAUUUAAUGUUUUUCAUAACACCCUUACCUUUGUAAAUGAAUCUGCCAAAUAACCACAAUUUUUUCUCACGAGAGGAAUAUUUAAAAAGUUUUAUAUCAUAAUAUAACAACAAAUAGCUCCAUUGGUCAUAUUUUAAUCAGUUUUCCUCAUCGAUAGUUGUACAGAGCGAGGCGCACUCCCGCGACUGGGGAUGCAUACCUCGGCAGGGAUGCACUUUUCGGCAUAACACUGGACCGCGCUCCGUUAAUCCCUGACCUCUUCAUUAAUCCAAAGCGAGUAACAAGUAACGUUGGUUUUAAAAAUGUAGGGAAUAGAAAGUAGAGAUACUUGUGUGAAAAUGUGAGGAGUAGAAGUCAGAAGUAGGAGGAAAAAUAAGUAAUGGAGUGAAGUAUAGAUACCUAAAAGGUGUACUAAAGUACAGUAACGAAGUAUUUGUACUUCAAUACUUGGUUAAACUGUUCUCUUCAAUAGGUUUGCUAAAUUAUUUAAAAUUACCAGGAGAAAAAAAAAUGUAUGUGAAAACACCACAAGAAUAAGCCUUGCAAAUGAGUUAAGAGGACAUUUGGAGUACAGCCUAUUGGGAUGAUUGAUGCUGUAUGCGGCUGUAAAACUAUAAACUGGUGUUAAUAUGAACACAUCUAAGAAUUUAAAAAGACAUAAGAUUAAUGUAAAUAAUAUAUUUCAGUUUAAACAAAGUAUGCUUAAAUGUAUUUUUUUGUGAAUGAUGAUGGCCUAUAUAAAUAUGAAAGUAGUAGAAUGAAUCUUUACUACUUUUUAGUUAUUUGGGGUUUUUGUUUCUUAUGUGGUAAUUGCAGUACUUUUCAGAAACUCUCCUGAUAAGUUAAAACCCUUUUCCAUUUAAAAUACUUGAACCUAUUUAGCUAUUAUGUUAAAAGUUAUAAGAAAAUACAAGUGUAAUGAGGGUAUACUAUUGAUUUUGAUUGUAUUAAAAUAAAAAGACUUUUGGCAUGUGUUUAAUUAAGCAUCUGCUUAAUGUUUCUCAAAAUUAAAAAAUUCUAGCUUUUAUUUGAAAAGCUUAAAUUGGUAGCAUUGCAUUUACAUUUUUUUUCUUUGUUCAGGUGUUUCAGCAUAUGUGAUUCACAUUUUGGCUUGUUGAUUUUUUAAGCUUAAGUCAAGCAGAGCUGUCUCGUGUCUGUGAUCUAUUCUAUAUAAAUAAACAACUAUUUUCAGCAAAAAACACCAACUUUUGUUAUUUCACCCUUAACGCUUUUAUUUAUUGUUAAAAAUUAGUUUUUUUUUGUUUGAUUUUUUGUUUUGUUGUUGUAAAGUUGACUAGUUUUUCAGUUUCAAAACGCCAAAGUAGCCUUUACUCUGAGUUAAGUUACUACUGCAAGUUACUCCUUAAACCAUCUUGGAUUCUUGCAGGAUUUGUGGUCUUGUGAGCUAAGACUGAACUCCAAGACAGGGUUAUGGACCUUUCAAAUAGCAAAUAAUCUGUGGUGCAGUUCAAUGCAAUUCAAUAAAAAAAUACUGAUCCUAAAGCAGGGGUGUCAAACUGGUUCCAGAAAGGGCCGUGUGGUGGCAGGUAUUUUUUCCAACCAAUGUACAUGUACAUGUUCAUCACGGUACAACAGUAAAGUUAGUUUUCAUUGCUUCCCUGUGGAUAGUGUAGUACGCCGGCAUUGGCUAAGCAAAAUUCGGAGGCAAGAUUUCAGUCCCUGUAGAGAGACACGGGUAUGCAGUCGACAUUUCCUGCAUAAUGAUCUGUUAGAGACACCAAGGGGAAAGAGGUGCUUAAAAAAGGGUGCUUUUCCCGUUUUAUUUGAAUGGAAUAACUACUCUUUGCCCGUGCCAAGACCCAGUGUGUGGGAACGUAGACCCAGGGAGGAAGAGGCCAAAAGCCCCGCUGCUGCAGCGCCGACUGUGGACUGUUCGGAGAUGGUGUUUGUGGCUCCUGAACACGAUUGCUGUGUUUCACCUGCAAGUGGAGUUAUGAUCAACAAGCUAGUGAUGCAAAACAAGGCCCUACAAAAACAAGUUCAGAUGUUGCAGCGUGAAGUUCAGCGGCUGCAACUGCGCACCCUUUUCUGUCUGGAACGUUUUAAAUGCUCAGACGACGACAUUCGGCAUUAUACCAGGUUUGCCUCAUAUCGACAUUUCCAGUAUUUUUGGAAGCUGGUGGAGCCUGCUGUGAUUACAAAGAUGAUCCGUGUCACCAACACCAAGUCCUCAACAGCUACCUCAGAAAGAUUUCCCACAUCCACGAUCUGCUGCCAAACACCAUCAGACCUCAUGUUGCAGAGUGAGGUGUUUUCAACAUACAAAUCCCACUCCACACUGAAGGCCAUGAUUGGCAUAGCACCUCAUGGUGCCAUCACAUUUGUCUCUGCUCUUUACGCUGGAUCAAUGAAUGAUCGCGAGAUCUUCAAACAAUCUGGCAUCAUCAGUGUACUAGAGCCUGACAUGGCGAUAAUGGUUGACAGGGGAUUUCUAGUUGACAAUUUGGCCCCCUGCAAGGUCUACAGACCACCUUUCCGCUCCGGGAAAAGGCAGAUGAACCCACAUGAUGUACUUCAGACAUGUCCCCAGAACAUUGCUGGUUUGAGGAUCCAUGUAGAGCGCUGCAUCUGGAGAGUGAAGGAGAACAAAUUUUUUGAUGGCGUUAUCCCACUGGCUGCAUGUGGGAUCAUUGAUGAACUGUUCAAUGUGGCUUGUUACCUGGUAAAUUACCAAAAUUGGCCGCUUGUGAAGGCUUGGGCAACUUGCUAAAAUAUCUAGUUUCACAGUUCUUUGACCUGGUUUAGUCCUCUUUUAGACUAUUUUAAUCCUUUUUUAGUUAGCUUAGGCGAUUUUACACAAACUAAUGUAGUUGUGAAAUUAUUAAAAUGUGAACAUAAUGAACGUUCCCCUGUUUCGUGUUCAUUGCCCCCUAGUGACUGAAUUGAGAAUUGUGGUUAUUUCUGAAACACUCAUAACUUCUCACAGGAAUGAGCUAGUCACCUCAAUAAUUUGAGAUGUUUUUGU